AUGCCAUUAUCUCUACUUGGUUUUCCAACCGACCUUCAAAAUGAUAUACUCAAGGAAAUGAAUAUUGAAGAGCAAUUCAAUCUCUCCCAAUGCUCGAAACGAAUCGGCUCCACUAUCAGAAACAUCACAAAACAGCAUUCGUAUUCUGCAGAAAUGCAAUUUUCAAAACGUUGUCUAAUCAAAUUUUAUCGAAAGAAUACGUUGAAGAAACACCUCUUCGAUAUUAAAAUUCUACCGAAAAGAAACAACGAAGGAGGGAAAACUUACAAUGCAAGGAAACUCAGGAAAGUUCUAGAAAAUGCAAAUAUCAUAUUCAAGGGAUUCGAUUUCCGUAUCACCAUCAAAGAAGAAUCUGGAGUUAGACCUACUAGCUUGGCCAUUAAAAAUUUGAAUUUGAAUUUGGACAAAAUAGAAUUCCGUCCCGCCCCUUGCUGUAAAUAUUCUGAUGUUACUGUAGAUCAUCUCAUGAAGUUCAAUUGCAAACAAAUAUUCACAAUGUGUGGCAAGAUUCCUCUUUACACUUUGUAUCCAUUCAUUCAGAAAUUCCUGAGAAGUGAUCGAAUGGAAACAGUGCUAUUCGAAGAAUGCAGGUGUCAAUUUAACGAUUUUCCUAUUCAAAACAUUCUUCGAGAUAUACCGUAUACCGAAGUUCGGCGUGUCGAAUUUUGGCCCAUACGUUGGCUUCACAAAAAUUUCCCAGUUGGAUAUCGACUGACGAAGAACAACGGGACAACGGUGAUUUUGGCGAUUGGAGGAUCCAACUUCGUUAUGAGUGCUCAUGGUAUAAACUACUUUGAUCCAGAAAGACAACAAGUAGUUCGAUCUUGA